CGAAGCAGUCAGUCAGUUAUUUAGCCCGAGGUGUUUACAUUUGUUAUUUCUAGUAGCUUAGUCGGGGAUUACAAUACGCUGAACAGGUAGUAGUAAACGUACUGUGACAUAGCUAACUGAUUAUUUCCGCAUCCAAACGGACAGGUGAACCUCAAUAACUUGUGUGUCGCCUGCUUACACAAUGACAGUCACAUGCUUCACUUAGAGAGCAACUGCGCAAGUUAAGGAUUUUUUAAAACAUCAAAUGGCUUCUAUGUUUUAGAAAGACAAGCCCUCUUCGAUCAGAAAGUAGUCAAGAAGAUAACUGAAAAAAAAAUCAUGUUUUGUCACCUCUUUCGUCGACAACGAAAUGUAGAAAAAGUAUCAAGAGAACUGCCUCCUAUUCCAAAAGAAGUUAAAUUGUGUCCUCCCAACAGUGAUAAUGAUUUGGAUGAUUCCAACCACAUUUAUGAAGAAAUUGCAGAUAUGGGACAAAGAACUAGUGAAAAUGUUCAAAAGAAAUUAAGCAAAGUCAAACAAAAUGAUGCUUCAAAAAAUAAAGAUUCUCAAACUUUUAAGAACUUUCUCCCACAAUGUUCUCCUAAAACAAACCUUAAAACUAUUCGGGGUCAAAAAGAAAAUCAUGAAAUAGAAUAUAAAGAAAUUGAGUUUUGUGUACCGAGUCAGUCAGAAGUGAAUGAAUCUUCUUCAAAAAACUUACACUAUGGCAAGUAUUCAAAGGAACAAGCUCCAACUAAAAACACAGAGACUCAUGUUAAUUUACAAGGAUGCUGUUGCAAAGAAUGUUACAGCACUUACAAAUGCAAUCUAGAAACCCCUGAUUUAUUUUCAAAUUUGAACGGCAAAAGGGAUGACAAGUUUAAUUCAUUAAACUCUAGAUACUGCAAGUCAUCACAGAAAGUAACAGCUUUUGAUUACUGUAAAUGUGAAAAGCAAUUUAAAAAUCAAUGCAAGUGUGAUUUAAAAGAAUUGAAACAACAAAAAGAUAGAGAAACCUCCAGUAAUGAACUUGCCUUUGUAGACCUAUUAGAGCAUGAAGAAAUGGAUGGCAAUGAUAGUUGGUGUGAGUACCAUAUGAAUACAGCUCAAGGUUAUUCUGCAAGCAGUAUGCUUAGUGACAAUCUUUCAUUGAAUAAUGUCAAAGAAGAACAAAGACAAGAUCCUCAUAUUGUGCAAAUUAAUAAUCACAAAUCUUGCAAAGGAGCAAAAUUAUGUGAAUGUGAAGAAAAUAGUGACUGUGUUUCUUUGACAAGUGUAUCAAGUCUUCCAUAUAACUGCUCCCUUUCUACAUAUAUUAGUUAUAAUGAUUCAUCUUGUAAUAGAGUGAAAUCCAUCAGUGAUAUGUCAAGUGUAAAUAGUAGUACUUUUAGUUCUCUCUGUAUUAAUGAUGUUGCAUCAAGAAAAACAAAUAUUUUCUCAAACAAUUAUUGCCAUAGACGCUCAAGAACUUUACCUGAAAUUGCAACAAAAGGACAAAAAGAAUUUAAAAUGUUUGAUAUAAAUAUUGCAAAUGAAGUUGUAAGUAAAAAUUCUUCAAAAUUGCCCAAACAAUCUAUAGUUUCUUCACCUUUUGAAUAUAAUGGAAAAGUUCGGAAAAACCAAAUACUUAAUGAACUGAUAUAUUUGAAUUAUGAACAGUUGCAAUUAAAGUGUUUGUAGAUCAUUGAUGAUCCCAAAUAUUAUAUCUAACUUUUAUAUUUGCAAUAUUUUUUGCUGUAAAGAUUUUUAUAUUUCUUUUUGCUAAAAAAAAUAAUGAAUAUUGAUUCUGAAUGUCUGUGAUGAUGUGAAUAUGUGAUGUAACUCACCCUGGUAUGAUGUGAAGAUUUGAUGUAACUAAUAUUGGCUGAUUUUGUGAUAUUUGAAACAUUGCAAAUAUGUUGUUUUGUUGACAUCAUGUGUAUUAAAAUUUAAUUGCUUUAUGAGUGUGGAUAGACAUGAAAAAUCAGUGUCAUAAAUAUAAGCCUGAAGAAUUGAAUAUGAAUAUUUGAAGAAGAUUGGUAUGCUACAACUUUUGAUGAAUCUGAUAGAGGAUACAGCAAGCAUAGCCAUGUAGUUAAGAAGUUUGCAUCUCAACUUCAUAGUUUCAGUUUUGAUUCCAUUGCACAGCAUCUUCACUAAGUGUCUUCUACAAUAGCCUUGGGUCAACCAAAACCUUGUCAGUAAAAAUUUGCAAAUGGUAACUGCAUAGAAGCUUGUUGGAGGGCUCUUUGUUGUUCUUGGAUGGUAAGUCCAGUUUAAACUUGCCACCUGGUCUAUGCAUGCUUUUAGUAGGUGUCACUUUGUUGCAAGCAUGUUGGCUACAUCUCCUUUCUGAGGAUUAUUUCCUCUCAAAGUCAUUAAGACUCCUCAUCUUCUGAUGACUAAACAAUAAAAAGAAUUACUGUUUAAAAUGUUUGCUAAGGAAGAGCAUUUCACUAGUGAAUAAUCAUAUUUCUUUGAGUGAAGAUCAGAUUUUUUCUAGUAGUGCAUCAAUAAUGAAAGUCAGUAUACCAUACUAUAUUUCUAUAUACAUAAAUAUUUCUCUGUGUCCUUUGAUCUAGAAGACAAGAAUGAUUCAGCUUCACUGAGAAGAUCUAAUAAGAUAGAAACACAUUUGGAGUUGUCAUAGUGUCUGGUAAUGCUCAGACUAGCAUUCUACUCACUACAGUAUCUAUUUAUAAUUUUAACUAAUCUAUAAAGACAUUUCAAUUUUUU